AUGGGGUGGAAAAAGAUGCUGUUCGAGAUCUACCAAGAUUUGAGAAUAACUGGAACUGAAAUGCCAAAAAUUAGAGAACAAGAAGCAAAAUAUGCUGAGAAAAUGAAAAAUAAAAUUACUAUGGUUCACAAAGCAGCCAAAGAGAAGAGAGCAAUGACUGAGGCUAUGUGCCGUGAAGAGCUAUUGAAGUCAGAAGAAAGUGCAGCCAAAUAUCACGCCACAGGGCAGAUGCCAAAGCAAGGAAUAUUCAACUAUUUUAGGAACUCUUCAUUUCAUAAUGGAUGUGUCUAUGAUUGCUCUAACACUGUGUGGACAACAAAAAUUAGAGAACAAGAAGCAAAAUAUGCUGAGAAAAUGAAAAAUAAAAUUACUAUAGUUCAAAAAGCAGCCAAAGAGAAGAGAGCAAGGACUGAGGCUAUGUGCCGUGAAGAGCUAUUGAAGUCAGAAGAAAGUGCGGCCAAAUAUCACACCAUAGGGCAGAUGCCAAAGCAAGGUUGUAGCUGCCUCAAUUCAUGA